UGCUGGAGGUUAGAUCAGUACACAAUUGCAAUCGCAUGGUCGUGUGAUUCGCACCGACAGAAUUCGAGUGGUUUAGUUUUAAAUGUGUUUUAAGUAACGAAUAAGUAUUAAUUAUUUAUAAGUUAGUAUAGCAGCAUGUUAAUUAGCAGGUCGUAAGAAUGAGUUCUUUUGAAUGCUAACAAUAACAAAAUUUAAGAAAAAUUGCUAGAUUCUGUAACUGAUCGUUAUAUUGAUAACUUGACAGACUCCUUAUCGGUACUUUUUAAACAAUUAAUAAGUUCCGAAAUGUCGCCUAUUAAAGAAGUGAAACAUCCUGAAUCAGGAAAAACUGAGAAAGUGGAAAAUGUUGAAGAAGUAAAAAAUGCCGAAUCGGAAGAAACUGAAGAAUUAAAAAGUUCCGAAUUGGGCACCAAAGACUAUUGGGAAGAAACUUAUUCGCAAGAACUGGAAAAUUUCGAAGAUCAUGGUGACGUCGGUGAAAUUUGGUUUGGAGAACGCAGUUCUAAAACAAUGGUCAAGUACAUAGCCGGCAACGUACCGAAAACGGCUCGGAUCAUCGAUUUAGGCUGUGGUAACGGCGUAAGCCUUAAGCACCUGCGGGACGCCGGUUACGAAACACUCUAUGGUGCCGAUUACUCGCCCAAGGCCAUUGAGCUGGCCCGCAAAGUACUCGACGAAGACAAGUACAAAGGAAUCGAGCUGUUAGUCUCUGACAUCACCAAACCCACGAGUUUCACUCCUAAAUUUGAUUUGGCCUUUGACAAAGGUACCUAUGAUGCCAUCAGUCUUUCGCCGGAUAACGCAUCGAUGAAAAGGCGACAAUAUUUGGAAAAUGUUCGGGAUAUGCUCACUGUUGACGGUUAUCUGGCCAUUACGUCUUGCAACUGGACUAAAAGCGAGCUUACGGAUCACUUCAAAGAUCUUUUUGAAUUGGAAAAAGAAAUACAACAACCCACGAUAAAGUUCGGUGGACAGACUGGUAGCCACAUCGUUCAGUUGGUAUUCAAGAAGCGUCGUUAGGCUUAUGAUCGGGUAGAUUAAGACGUGCCAUUUUUUUAAACUCGAACUUUAUUGUUUUUUACAUCAUUAUUAUAAUAUAAAUUUUCAAAGAUAAUUGAUGAGUGCAAACCACACGAUUAUCUAAAAUAAUCGAAUUCUGGUUUUAAACCAAAUCCGUGAUGUUUUAUUUUAAAAGAGAUAUAUUAUACACUGAAGCAGCUCACCGUCUAAGUACAAACGUUAUAAAUCUAUGAAAAUAUUUUGUAAUGUAAUCGUGUGAAUCGAACGAGUUUUUUUGUGUACAACUAGACAUGAAUUUUCGUAAAAUGGAUUUUAGACAAUUUUAUGCAGAAGGCAACAUUGGUUCAUGUUUUAAAUAUAUAAUGAAAUUUUUGAUACUUUUAUAAGUACGUCGAUUAAUUAUUUUGUUAUAUUCUUAACAAAAUCUUAUAACAUAAUUUGAGUUCGUACAAUAAACAUAACAUUUAUGUUCUUUGUAUUAAUCUA